AAACGGUACAAAAUCUCUUCGAGAAAAGCAAACGUAUGUGAACGGACUAAACAAAAAGAUACUGGAAUUAUGUCCAGACGUUAACAUCGAAAAAGAAAUCGAUGAAACGACGGAGCUGAAUUUCAGAAUCGAUGAAAUUCUGGGAAGAAUUCAAGCUUUUAAAGACGGUCGUUACGCUCAGACCAAUGCAUUCGGAGUUGGGAGUGGAACGACACAAAUUAUUACGUCAACGCCUUCCAGAGAAGCUGAAAACGUUGAAGAAGCAACAAAUAACGAACAUGGUCUCAAUACAAGCGGGGUUACCAUGGGUUCUGUUGCCAUUCGUCUGCCAAAAAUAACGCUCCCACGAUUUAACGGAGAUAUUACACGUUUCAUGUCUUUUUUGCAGAGUUUCGAGAAUGCCAUAGAUAAAAACGAAAGCAUAACUGCAGUUGAUAAGCUCAACUACUUGGUGAAUUUGUUGGAGGGUCCAGCAUACCGUGCAGUAUCAGGACUCGAACUGACGGAACAAAAUUAUUUAAAUGCAAUGGAAAUUUUGAAGGCAAGGUUUGGCAACAAACAACAAAUAAUCUCGACGCAUAUGCAGGCUCUCCUUGGGCUACAAAACUGCCCAAACGAAAACGUGAAGCAAUUGCGCUUCAUUUACGACAGCAUAAAUGUACACGUAAGGGGGCUUGAAGCCCUUGGUAUGAGUUCUGCAAGUUAUGGCAGUUUAUUAGUACCAAUCCUUAUGGCAAGAAUGCCGCGAGAAAUUACAUUGCAUGUCGCCAGAAAGACGACCGAGGAAGUUUGGCCGAUAAAAGAAAUAUUGGAGAUCGUCGAAAAGGAAAUUGAAGCCAGGGAACUGAGCGAUAACAUCAAGCCCGUCGAAAGGAAAUUUGACAAAACUUCAGGAUAUGGACCAAAAUCACCACAAGGCACUACGAAGACAUUUUUGACGAAAGACGAAAAAGUGCAAGAUUGUGUUUAUUGUGGGCAUGCACACUCUCCGUCAAGCUGCAAAGAAGUCCAGGAAAUAACGGGUAGAAAGAAGAUCCUAUUGGAGACCAAACGAUGUUUUUCCUGCUUAAAAUCUGGACACAUGACAAAAAAGUGUCGGGAAAAUCGAAAUUGCAAAAAAUGUGGCAGAAAUUUUCACCACGAGUCAAUUUGCUACAAAGGAGCAAAACAAACGGAGGAAGAAACAAAAGUAACUACCAGUGUUACAGGAAAACAAGAAGUUUUGCUGCAGACGGCCACUGCGUAUGUUUAUGGGGCAGACAAGGAUCAGAGGAUGAAAAUCAAUGUUUUCUUCGAUAGUGGGAGCCAACGAAGCUACAUCUCUGAAGAAGUCAGACGAAAACUAAAUCUGGAAGUCGAAAGACAGGAAAACUUAAAUUUGAACACAUUUGGAACUGAGAAAUCAGUACGCAAGAAAUGUGACGUCGUUAAGUUAAUGUUAGAGACAGGAAUAGAUGAGACGCCAAUUUUGAUAAGCGCCAUAAGCUAUCAGUCUAUUUGUUCGCCUAUAAAUACGCGCAUAGACGUAAGCAAGUAUCAGCAUUUGAUAGGCCUUAAUCUAGCGGACAAGAAGCUAAGCGAGCAAAAUAGGCGCAUUGAUUUGCUUAUUGGUAAUGAUUAUUUAUAUGAUGUAAUCAUUGGUGAUGUUAUUAGAGGUACAUCAGGGCCAAUAGCCGUAAGUAGCAAAUUAGGAUGGCUACUUUCGGGAAAAGUACCAGGAUCCUUGGAGCCUAAAACCUAUUCUAAAGUGACUUCUAAUUUGAUUUUAGAUACGUCAGUUGGAAGGCCUGUCGAAGAAAAUGAGGAAAUAACGCAAACGCUUCGCGAGUUUUGGAAACAAGAAUCAUCCGGGAUUGACAAGGGGAGUGAACCCACAAAUGAAAACAAACAAGACGAGCAAUUUGAAAUCACCUUUAAUGGUAAAAGGUACCAGGUAAGCCUUCCUUGGAAGGUUGAUAUAUCUUGCCUUAAUGAUGAUUAUAACUUGGCAUUAAAUCGCUUAAAAUCUUUGCUUUGCAGGUUAAAAGGAAACCCUGAAUUAUUAUCUGAAUAUGAUAACAUUUUCAAAGAGCAAUUAAACAACGGAAUAAUUGAGCAAGUCCCUGUGGAGGAGGAGAAUCAGGGUAAUCCUCAUUUUAUGAGUCACCAUGGUGUAAUUCGACGAGAUCGUGAAACAACAAAACUUCGUGUUGUUUUAGAUGGAAGUGCUGUUAUGUUGUUAAAAAGGGCCUAA